AUGUCCGCGAUCCACCAUCACCACCACCAGCUCGCCACUGCCACGCUGAGAUUGGAUAUUAUGAAACUGGAGGGAGGCAUGCAUCUGCAGCAGCAGCUCAGCAGUGGCAGUGGCUCAUCUGCCCACGGUAGCAGUCUACUGGAGGACAAAUCCUACCAAUCGUCCCAUCAUCAGCAGCUGCAACAGAACAGUGUCAGCAUCGAGCUGUGUCUGGUGUGUGGCGACCGGGCCUCCGGUCGGCACUAUGGUGCGAUCAGCUGUGAAGGCUGCAAGGGCUUCUUCAAGCGAUCGAUCCGGAAGCAGCUCGGCUACCAGUGCCGCGGGUCAAUGAACUGCGAGGUUACGAAGCACCACCGGAACCGCUGCCAGUAUUGUCGGCUGCAAAAGUGUCUUGCCUGCGGUAUGCGCAGCGAUUCCGUCCAGCACGAGCGUAAACCGAUCAUCGACAAGAAGGAUGGCCAGAUGGGACCGAACCCGAACAGCAAGUACAAUCCGCAUCGGAACAAAGAGUACCAUCACAGUGGAAGCGUCAAGAGUGAAUCGAAAGGGGCGUCUGCAGCGUCCUCUUCCGUAUCGUCGGCAGCAGCUGCCGCCUCGUUUCUGAACUAUCUGCCCGGGUUUAGUUUGGCGGACUUUACCGCGAACCUUAGCAAGCGUACGUUCGGUGACAAAUCGAUCGGUCGCGAUGGGGUGUCGACGGAACGACCGGCUGCAUCUAGCUCGGUUGGACAUCAGUUUGCUUCUGCCGGUGCUACCGGUGUUGGAACCGGUGCGGGUGGAAUGUCCGGAAGUCCGUUCGGAAGUUUGCAAUCGCUUAAGAUGGAAGUGCCGGACGGUCGGCAGGCGGGGCCGGAGCUGGGGAAUGUGUCCACCAGUGCGGCCGAUUCGAUUGCAGCUCUGAUUGGAUUGAACACGACGGCAGCCGUAGCAGCGGUAGCAAUGUCGAGUGCUACGCUGGGUGCUACGACUCCCAGUGCGGCAGCAGCUGCAGCCGCUGCUGCUUCUCUGCUUGGCGCCGAUACCACCGUCGACAGGAGUGGUGAUGGUGGAGGCGGUGGAGGCGUUGGUGGUAGUGGUAUUGGAUUGCGUGGAAGCAAUUCGAAUGUGUCGACUGGUGGAGCUCAGUUUCCAUCCCUUGCGAUGGAUACCAGUGAGACGGGCUCGCUGGAUAAAUCAUUACUAUGCAGCUCGCUGGAGUUCCUCCAAAACAUGGAACAAGAGCUGAACAGCAGCCUCAACAACAAUUUCGGUAUUAAGUCUGAACUGAACAACAGCAGCGACGAGGUGUGCAUUGAGUUCGAUUACGGUGGCAUUGGACGAGGAGAACCCAUACUGACCGAGAGCUGCGUAGCGUUCGACAUUCAGGUGCCAAACGUGCUGCCUAACUAUUUGAGUGUGCACUACGUGUGUGAGACCGGUUCGAGGCUGCUGUUCGCAACGGUUAACUGGAUGAAGAAGAAUCACGUCUUCCAGAUGCUCAGUGACGGAUUUCAGGGUGAGCUGGUGCGCCAGGUGUGGCCGGAACUGUUUAUGAUCGGAUUGGCACAGAGCAGUGGUCAGCUUUCGUUCAACACGAUCAUGCUGGCAUUGAUCCAGUAUAUGAGAACGGUCAUCCUGAAUAAGAAGUAUAGCGUCGACGUGAUUAACUACCUGAUGAAAUACAUUCUGCUGAUACAGGAGUUCGUGAACGAUCUGCAGAAGAUGAAUCUGACCGAUCAGGAAUACGCUUAUUUGCGAUUACUAUCGAUUUUCAAUCCCGAUAACGCACUGCAAGAUAAGGAAAAGAAUCAACAUCUGGUAAAGUUGCAGGAGCACAUACUGGUCGAAUGUCGGGAAUAUUAUCGCGAUCGCCACGCACGGCUUGCGAGUAGUGAAAGUGAGGAAAACCUUCGCGCUACCGAGGAGGAUGAAAAUGAGGAAGAUGAUGUCGAUUAUUACGAGCGUAGCCAGAACCGUCACCAUCAUCGACAACAUCAGCACCGCGGCACCAGUGAUGGUGAUCAUACGCGUGAUCAGAUACAGGGUGAACAGCGGUUGAUGAAGCUACUGUUAAAGCUACCGACACUGCGCGCACUCAACUCGAAGUGCGAUCUAGAGGAUCUGUUCUUUAACAAUCUUAUCGGUCAGGUACAGAUCGAUAGCGUGCUGACGUACGUGAUGCAAACGAACGAUGGGGCAAUAUCGUUUUCGAACCUUGUACAAAAAUACGAACCAGUCGGGGGCAACAGCAACAACAGCAACAACGGUAUCCCAACGGCAAUGGAUAGUGACGAGUAG